CCGGGUCGGGAGAGUCAGGAAGCCGACGGGGACCCGGGCCUGGCCAAUCAGCCGCCGCCGGGAGGAAGGCGGAAGGGCCCGCCCGCUGGGCUCUGCGAGUGACGUUCCGCGGCGAGGGGGUCGGCGUAUCGGCCGCCGCACGUUCCCGCCGGGUGGCCUGGGGUGUCCCGCCUCGACGCCGGCCCUCCUGCGGCCAUUUUGAGCUGGGUUCGUCCCCGCACCCGUCUGCUGGGCCGCCCAGCCCUUCCGGGGACUCGCUGCGACGUGUGGGAAGUCGUGCUGCCGCCGCGAGAGGCCUCUGCAUGGUGCCUCGAGCGGACUAGGACGCCUCCUUCCCGCCGGGAUGGGUGUCGCCGCCGCCGCCGCCGCCGCCUGCUGCGCCGGCCUCUCCGGACUGCCGUCUGCUGCCCGCGGCCGAGGCCGCUGCCCUCUGUGGCUCUCCUGCUGCCCCGGGGACCGGUCUGGGACGCCGACUCCGCCACCAGGCGAGGUCGGGGCCGUGUAGGCCUCCCAGGAUCCCGUCCGACCCAGCCGCCGGGCCGCGCACCUCGCUUGAGACACUGCCGGGAGCAGAGGCGAUGGAGCCCGGAGCGGACCUGCCCUUCUUCGCUCGGCGCUCGCCACCCGGCGCUGCCGCGGAGCACCCCGGGGACCCCAAACCGGCGUCCUCCCCCCGGCCCGAGGCUCGGCCUCGCUUCUGGGUGAAGCUGCUUUCCCAGCUCUUCGCGCCGCUCCCCGUCCUGCUUCAGAAGCUGCUGAUUUGGAGCCAGCUCCUCGGCGGCAUGGUUCCGGCCCGCUGGCUCGACUUCGCCGCGGGCUACAGCGUCCUGCGGGCCCGGGAGGAGCCGGCCGCCCCCGCGGGGCCGAAAUCUCUGAGUUCGCUCCGGCUGGACCCCUCGGUGGACUCGGCUGCCGAUCUUCUGGACCUGCUAGAGGAGGGGAUCCACUGGGAGUGCGCGUCUCCCGACCUGAAAGCCACGGGCAGAGCCUUGGGCCCCGCGGCCCACGCCUCUCUGCUGGAGCAGCAGCUGUGGAGCGUGGAGCUGUUGCAGGGCAGCCUGAAAGCCCGGCUGUUAUCGGACCAGGACCUUGGCCAUGCGCCCUCCGGGCUGAAAAACACUCAUCGCGUAAGCAGUUUCAACACCGUCUCCUAUUUGCUGAACCCCUCUUAUCUGGACUGCCUUUCCCCGGUGGAACUUGGCUGUCAGGGCUUCUUCGGAAGUGGCGAGCUGGUUGAUUUCCAGACGCUAAGCCCCGCGAGCAGCUGUCUGCCGGACGACCACGCUCCUCCCCAGCCGCUGAACGCAGAGGUCCCCUGCUCCUCCUGGCAGGGAUGUCCACCGCUUUCGAGAGAAGGCCUGCCGGAAAUUCACCAUAUUCGCAUGAAACGGCUGGAAUUCCUCCAGCAGCCUAGCAAGGGGCAAGCGUUACCCACGCCUGACCAAGAUCAUGGCUACCACAGCCUGGAGGAGGAACACAGCCUGCUCCGGAUGGACCCGAGGCCCCGCGGAGGUGGUCCGACACCGUGUGUUCCUCCUGCUGGAGCCCUUCCCGGACCGGCCCCGGAGCCCACGGAGGAAGAAAAAGGAUUGACUGGAGAGGUUCCUCUUGCUGUGGACGGACGGGACCCAUCGGAAGGCUGUGUGUCCUGUGAGGUGGUCCCGAUGGAAAGGGAGCCUGAGCAGGACCAGAUCAGUGUGGUUGACUUCUCAGACAGAGAAGACGACCUUCCCGUUUCCGCCAGGCCGGCCUGUAGCAACAAACUGAUAGACUACAUUUUGGGAGGUGCGUCCAGUGACCUGGAAACGAGCUCUGAUUCAGAAGGUGAGGGUUGGGAUGAGGACGAUGAGGAUGAUGGCUUUGACAGUGACAGCUCACUCUCAGAAUCAGACCUGGAGCAAGACUCUGAAGGGCUUCAGCUUUGGAACUCCUUCCACAGUGUAGAUCCUUACAAUCCCCAGAACUUCACAGCAGCGAUUCAGACUGCUGCCGCAGCUGCUCCUGGAGACCCUUCUGGCUCCCAGAAGGACUUGUCGGACAAGUCCGAUCCAGGGAAUUCUCUCCAGACGGGAAGCCUUCCUGAGUCUCCUGACCUUAACUCUGGGGCGGAAGAUGACUGGGAAUCUAGUGCAGACGAAGCAGAGAGUCUCAAACUGUGGAACUCUUUCUGUAAUUCGGACGACCCCUACAACCUUUUAAAUUUUAAGGCUCCUUUUCAAACAGCAGGGAAAAAUUGGAAAGGCUCGCAUGACUCAGAGAGGCCACCUGAGCCCAUUGUGACCAUUUCUGAGUGUCACACCUUCCUUUCCUGUAAGGUGCAGCUGUUAGAGAGCCGAGACAGUGAGUGUCCAGACUUGGUACCGGGUGGGGUUCUUUCUGGAGGACACACGCAUAGCAAGAGAAAAAAGGUAACCUUCCUUGAAGAAGUUACUGAGUAUUAUAUAAGUGGUGAUGAGGAUCGCAGAGGACCAUGGGAAGAAUUUGCACGGGAUGGAUGCAGGUUCCAGAAACGAAUUCAAGAAACAGAAGACGCUAUUGGAUAUUGCUUGACAUUUGAGCACAGAGAAAGAAUGUUUCAUAGACUCCAGGAAACGUGCUUCAAGGGACUUGAUGCUUUCUAGCCAUGUUCAGAUGAUGUAAUAGCCGCCAGCCCUAGCAUACACUAAGUAACUCUUACUUCAGAGGUUUCUUUUAAAACAAAAAUUGGCAGCUGUCCUUUGACUGUUUUUUUUAGAGGAUAUGUAACUUGGAUCCAGCAACCUUGUUUAAUAUUGUUUUGCAACAUAUCCCACUCAGAAAUGUCUAGGUUUGAAGCCAAGCCCUGGUAAUGAAGGAUGAGAUGGUGUGAUUUCUAAUCUUCCCUUGUUUAUUUAGUCAGAUGUGUUUUUGGAUGGUGUUUGCUUCUUGGGGUGAAAAAGGAACCUCUUAAGGUGUAACUUUGCACUUCCAAAACUUAUUUUCUUGGGAAACAAUAUAGGGUUCAAAGCCCAUUUUAUAUUUUAAUUUAAAUUAUCUGUCUAGAAACUGGGCUCUUUUUACUUUUUCCCUCCAACAUUCUUUUUCUUUCUUUCAGUUUAUCUUUAUUGUUGAAAGUAUUACAGUUGUCCUUCUUUUUCCCCCCACUGAUCCCCCUUCACCCCACACCUGCCCGUUUAUUUUAUUUUUUCUCCAUUGAUUGCAGAGAGAGGAAGGGAGGGGAGGGGAGAGAGAGAGAAACAAACAUCGAUAAGUUGCCUCCCAUACUCGCCCCAACCUGGAUUAGGGAUGUGCCCUGACUGGGAAUCAAACUCAACACCUUUUGGGAUGACACUCCAGCCAUCUGAGCCACACCAGCCAGGGCUUUUCCCUCCAACAUUCUGAAAUUAAUGGGCUUUUAUGUUUUCUCUGCAUUAUCUCAUUUCAGUGACUUGGCCUUUCUACCUUAAGGCUAAGAAAAUAAUCUUGUGCAUGCUACCAAUUUAAGGUACAUUAUCUUGUGUCAUUUUUUUUUUUUCUUUGUAAGAAUGACUUGGGCUGAAAAUGUGGUAGGUUUUUCUAGGUUAAGUUCUACCUAAGAUAUUUCCAAUGAUUGCCAUAAAAUCAACAUGUUUGUACUCUGUUACUUUAGGAAAGCUGCAUCUUUCUGCCAAAUUUUAACAUCUAAUAUAUUUAAUUUCUGUGCAAACUUUUUUGGAGAGGGUCCUGUAUAUGUUAAUUGUAAUUUCUAGGUAAAUGGUUCUUUGUAUCUUUUAACAGAUGGAAAUGUAAAAGAGACCAGAAAGUAAUAAUUACAUCAUAGACAUUUAUAUUAUUUUAAAUUAAAAGCCUAGAAUUCUCCUAGGAAGAAGAUAAGAGACAUCAGAGCAACUUGGUUUUGUUGUAUAUGCUCUCAACAGAAGCAGUGUUAUUAAUGUCAGGCCUCAGCACUCUGUCACUUUUAAAAUCUGUCAGGGUGACACUGUAAACUUGGGAAUGGGCAGUUCUGAAUUUUCCAGUUUGAAAUGUAAAAUGGAGACUUCAGUCAGUAUCCAAGUUUACUGUGUUCUAUUUUAAUAAGGAGAGAAGGAGUAAGGAGAGAAGCAGGGGCUAUACUUUCAGGAAAGGAAAGAACUCUAGAUUUAACAACCAGGAAGUCUUAAUAUCUGUAGCCCAAAAUUGGCUUUUGAAUCCAAGCUUUUGCAGUGACUGGUUGUGCUUGGUUAAGUUAGGUAGCUCUACCUGGUGUGCAUCUGUUAGGCUGAGGGCGUGUUAACGAACUCCUUAAUGGUCAGUUUUUACUCCACGUGCCUCUCGUCAUGGAAACCGUGAGUAGAAUAGAUGACCUCUUAAUUGUGAACUUGUUUCAGUGUAGGGAUGGUUUUGCAUUAGAAGUGCUUGCAGGGUUACUACCUCAGUUAAUAAUCUACCUGGUCAUUAUUUUAUUUCUAUCUGGUUUGCUCCAAGAGCUGCCUCUAGCGUUAAUAUAUAUAUUCACGUAAACACAUUGAGAGUGCAGCAGCAUAAGGUCAGAUUUUUGCAGAGCCCUGAGUCAAGGUGUUGCGUGCUCCCCGCUUUAGGUAGUCAUAGGGACUGCGGAGCACCGUGACAGUAGGUUGGCUCCAGGCACCAGCUGUAUCGGGUGGAAAGAAGGCAUUAUUUGCCUUGAAAAAAGCUUGUUGAAAAUGCAUGUGCAUUCUUUAAAACCGGAAUGAAGUAUGCUACUUUAUGUCAGAGAUUUAGGUUGUGUUUUGUGUUUCUGAAAUCUAGCACCUCUGCUGAUUUGGAAAGAAGGAUAUUUUACAUUAACUGGGUUGCGGGAAAUUGUUCUCUUGGAAUUCCAACCUCAACCUCACUACCAAAUGAGUAACAGCUUGGAUAACAAGUCUCCCUUUUACUACCCUCCUUUGAAAGAAGUGAUCAGAGGGUGUUGAGAAGGACAGAAGGGAUCAUGUUUAAGUUGGAUUGAAGGAGAACAAUUCUUGUUAGUUUUAUUCCAAUCCUAGCUGGAACAAAGUUAGACCACCAUCUUAAAACAAAAAUCCUUGGAAAUUUUAAUCGAACAUUGCAUUUAAAGUCUUGCAAUGGUGCUUUAAGUAUCAAUGUAGCAUGUGAAAGGCUUUAUACAGACAGGUAACAUUUCCCUUUUUGAGUGUAAUAACAGCACCUCUUCAUCUUUAACUUGAAAUCAAAACUAUCAGAUUUUAUUUUUUUAUAAUUUAAGGAAGGUGAAUUUAGGGGGCUAGAAGACUUCUGAAUUGGCUUCUACAGAUCCAAUGAGUAAAAUGUAACCAGUUUGUUGGGAUUUUAUAGUAAAAUUCUAUUUGUGUAUAUAAUUUAAUCUGUAAAUUGUAAUAAAUACAUUUGCAAUUAUUAAAUUUUAAGUGAUA